AUGGCGCCUAAGAAGCUGACUGACUGCCCGGAAAACCUCCGGGAGGCUAUCGACUGGUUGAUCCAGGUCAAGAAUGGCGGUGAUGGUAGAGGUCUUGAAAAUCUGGUGAAAGCUUUGAAAAAGUUGAUUGAAAAGGCCAAAACUAAUGCUACCAAGAGCCUCGAUACCAGGAAAGACCAACUCGAAUGUCCUACUAAAUCCGCUUCUGGCAACGGUGUCUCCUACUGUAAGCAGAAGCAAGAUGAAAUUAAGCAAGCUAAAGAAGAACUUGAAACAUGCAAAAAUGAUUCCGAACAAAAAUCCAAAAAAGACAAAGACCUAAAAAAGCUUCAAUCCGGCUUAGAUGAGCAUAUUGCCAAAGAUCAUCCUCUUGAUGAGUCUACUAGGCAGACUAAAAUUGAUGAAGUCAAAAAGCAUCAAGAAUUUGUUACAGAGUUUCAGAAGAAUUUUAAAGACGCUUUAGAUAAUAACAUCCUUGAUAACCUCUGUUCCGGCCUCGAGAAAUUCGUCGGCUUCGACUCUGCCACCAAAGGCUACGACGGUACUGGCAUCGUCUACUCCGACCUUGAUAGGUUGUGUGACGCAGUGAUGGCGUUCUUGCACGGGGUGUUGGAGAGUGUUAAGGAUGAUGAUGCAGUUAAAACGUACGAUAAAUACAUUACUUCAGGUAAUUUAGAUAGUGUUCUCACAAAAUUAACUAAACAAAUUGGCUCCGGGCGUACUGGGCUUGCAGAGUCUGUCGACGCGGUGAAGGGGUGGUUGGAGGGGUAUGAUGGGAAAGUAAGGGAGAUGACAAAAAGUGUUGUAGGCGAUGAAGGGACGAUUAGGGAUCUUGAAAACCAGAUUAUCCAGAACAUUCGCAAUGUGAAAUCGCUGGAGUCUAAAGGUUUUGACAUUGCGCAAUCUACGUGGGUCCAAACAGUGGCUAGGGAUUUGUACAGUAAGUUAAGUGACAUUAAAAAAGCCAUUAACGUGUUAGAUCCGGAGCUGAAACAUAAGUUGCAAUGCGACUUUAAUAUAAUUGAAAUGGGAGUUAAAAAUUUGGAGAGGUGCGCUGAGAGUGAUCAGAUUGAGUUAAAUACGUUGGGCAGUAUGUUGAGUGAACAACUCAGAGAAAUGGAAGAAGCCAUCAGCAAGGAGGCCAUAGAUAGAGGAAAUAUGUGCAUUAAUACUUUGGUAAGAGAAUUCAAGACAAAUAUUCAGGCGCCUUUACUUUAUGUUACCCAUUCGUUGGAAGCUGUUAAAGCACGCCUGCAAGCUUGGAGCGAUAAGGCUAAAGCGGUCGUGAGUAUGGCGAUAAAGAACAUCGAAAAAAUAAAUAAUAAGUUAUUGAGAAAUGAUAGAGAUUAUGGAAAUGUGGAAUUGGCUGUUCACACAUUGAAACACCAGGCUGACGCACUUUGGAAGGCCAUUGGAGCGGCUAAGAUUAAGUUGAAUAGUAAGGUAAGAGAUGCGCUUUUGGAAGUUGACACUGUGGAGAGAGCGGUAAAAACGGGGUUGUAUGAAGUAAGAGACGCUAUUAAUAUGGGUAUGGCGGAAUAUGUGAAGAAAUUUAAAAACUCAUUAGAAGCUGGUAUCAAAGCGGCCGGUAGUCUCAGUAAAGGCCAAACUGAUUCAUAUAAUGGGAUUGACGCGUUAUGGCCGAAUAUGAUUGAAAACGGUGUAUUGAGGGAAUUGGCAUCUGGAAUUAAAGUGGCCAAAACAUCUCUCGAUACAAGCAGUGUUGCAUACAAUUUGGAAUAUGCCCUAAAGUGGAUUAACGAAGCCAAUGAGACAUGGAAAACUCAGCUUUCGAAGCCCGCAAAUCUUCUCGAUAGUCUACAAACAACUCUUACCGCCGACCUUCAGGCGCCCGUUGAAAAAGUGUUGCAGCAAGACCUAGGUGACUCUGGGAGAGGUGAAAUGCAAAUCAAGCUUGAUCCCACGUAUUUUUCGUUUUAUCUUGGCGGUGGCGGAAUGAGGGGCAAGAAACAAGCGCUUAACGAAACUAUAAGUACGAUUAAGACCGAGGUAGAAAAUGAACUUACUAACAUCGAACACGUUACCACUAAUGUAGACAAUAAAGCACUAAAUUCAGCUUUCCAGGAUAUAAAAGAUAAACUUGCAACUUUUAUCGAAGCUAUUAGAAAAAUAAUUGUGAAUGUAGGAAACAGUAAGAAAAUCGAUAGCCCAUCGGAGGACAGAGGCGUAAUGAAUCUGUUACACGAUGCAGAAACGAUGCUAAACAGAACGGAAGGUGGCAAAGGGAUCACAUAUGAUCUUUCCUUGGAUCUUCAAGGGAUUAUGACGGCUACUGCUAGAAUACUGGGUGAACCUGGUCAGGGCAAUUCAGAAGGGAAUUUAAAAGAUAUAUUAAAGCAGGCCGGUAUAUUCUACAGCACAACCAUUCAGCAAAAUAUCGAAUCCUUCAUCUAUGGAAUAACCAAUUUCAUCCACGACCAAGUUCACUUGAGAUCAAAUAACAUGCGGCAAGACGCCCUAAUUAGGUAUGUUGAGACAACUAGAGUACAGCUGGAGGGAUUGAAGAGCAGUAUUAAAAUGCGACACUUUGAAAUAGAUAAAAUCAUAAAUGCUGAUAAAUACACGAGUCUCAAAGGUCUUAUAAAACAAUUGCGCAACGCUUUAAGAUCCGCGAAUUUGGACGAACUGGCCAAUGUGUCCCAUCUGACAUACAAGAUGAACGAUGUCUUCAAAAGUUUCUUUGAAGAGCUACAAAAUCAGGAAGAUGUAAAGCCGUUGACAGGAUACGUGAACAAAGUAUACAAAUCGUUGGAUGCAUUAAUGCGUGAGAUGUUGACUAAAAGGCAUUUCCACCAUGAAGUCACGGUGCAUCUUACAAGGUUCGGCAGCACUCUCAGUAAAUUGGUCGUCGAAAGUAUGCACGACGCGCCUAAGAGGGUGUUAAAUCCCCUGAAAAAUGGAUUUGAGAAACUGCUUGUGGAACUCAAUCAGACCUACGUCAACACCUACUCUGGGAACCCUUCGAUUGAGAGCGACGAGAAAUAUGCUAAAAUUUGUUUGACAUCACUUAAGAUUCUGCAGCGUGACAUGGGAGCAUUGAGGUCAUGCUCUAACAAAUGGCGUAAAGAACAUAUCAACUUAUCGACCCAUGUCGGCAAUUUGCUGAAAAGCUACGGUUAUGGUGUUGCGACAAAUCCGGGAACUCGAGACGGCGAAUUGCGAAAUUGUGAUGAGUUUACGGGUUCUAAUAUACAGGUAAAAAUUAACGCCGCGAUUUCAGGCGCGAACGGUAAUGAACAUCUCAACAACUGUAAACUUAGGGAACAGAAAGACAUUAAUAUUAUGGUCGUUCUUGCCUGCUUAUGCAAUCACCUGGGGCAGUAUUAUAAUUGCUGCCAUUACGUGAUCCACCCUAAACCUACUCCUCCCUGUAACAUAUAUCAGAUGCUCGAGUGGCUGUGCGGCCUACCGCAUAAUCCUGUUUAUAGCAAACUUAAGGGAGAAUGUAAAACGUUGUUUGACAAACCAAAAGAACGAGAACAAGACGAGUAUUCCACCUUCAAACCAUACGAACUCACCCUAGAUGCCACUACUGAGUUGUCGGCGGAAUGUGUAUUAAGCGAAUUAGAAAAAGUAUGUUACCACGCCGAAAGAGUAUUGAUUGCAAUUCAAGGCAACGGUCACGCCGAAGGGCGUUAUGCCUGUGACUUUAGCACUAACGUGGACCAGUUGUCGUACCCGUCUGGCCCUGGUGCUUGCUUUGAAUUACUGAUAGAUAUUUUAUCUAGAAUAUACCAUCAACUCUACUUCCUAAUGGCACAGUGUUCUCAUAGUUCUGAGCUCAAUGGUUGGAGUGACUGCUGGUACGGUAGUGGAGUUGCCGGUUCGUCAUGGAAGUGCAAUAGCCUUCAAUGCCCCAACAAAACAGGUGACCUAAUCCACAACCAAAGCUGUGACCAAAACUGUAGCCAAAAGCCUGAGUGUGGCCUUAAGUCACCUCUGCAAUCAUUCCUCGAAGAUGGACUCCCUGGAUUUUUGCCGCACUCUUUCACCAAACCUGGUUGCAAAUUGGAAUGCAGUGUGCCUAACCACAACGGUAUUCCAUGUAUCACUCCCAUGGGAUUCAAGGAUCUUAGCGUUAGAGCUUCACACAGGCAGACUGGUCAGUGUAUCUACAGUGUACUUAAUGAUUUCUGUGGCUAUUCGGAUAAGCCACUUAGCAGAAUAGAUGCUUAUGUUCUAUGCCUAAUGCGUACGCCGCCCACAACACUGGGUGACAUGUUCGCAUUCUAUUACAAUUUCCUCGAAGGAUUGAAAAGUAUCGCUGGAGAGCAUCAAAUAAGCGCUCUCCAUAACGCCGUCAUUGAAGCCAAUUUUGAAAAUUCCUCCACAACAUUAGACAUUACUCCAAUGUUUCACAGCAGAGAGCACUCACAGAAAACACACGACAAAGGUGACCUUCAAUCUCUCGUUAGCUGUGAUCUAACCUACAUUCCUGCAUACCCCUGCGGUCCAUAUGUAAGACCAUUCACUAGAGACGUCCGUUGCAUAUUCUCCUCAAAAUACAAGAUGCAAUAUCUCUCGUGGGUUUUGUAUAUCACUGAGACGUUUCACAAAUUGCUUAAACAAUUGUACGACGAAUGCUGUAAGAAUUGUACCGCCAAGGGAACCAUAUGCUAUGAAUUGAAUUGCGCUCAUGGUUGUAAAGUUAAGAACAAAGAAAAGCCGUCAUCCACAGCUGAACAUCAACGUGCUUGCAAGUCCAUUGUCAUGUGCAAUUUAACACUUCCGACAUUACACAAAUACGGCCUCUACUUCGGAAGCGCAACAUGGCUCAGUGGCGCCAAAGAUCACAGAGUGAAGAGGACUUGCGAAGAUUUUUGCCACACACUAAAAAAGGUCGUGUCUGACAGCUCCGUUAUUUCACAACUUGUCCAUGAAACAAUUCCCAAAUUCCUUUGGGAAAUUAGAAGUAAAUUCUUCUACACCCUCCUUUCCCUCUGGCUCCUCUCUUUGUUGUACCUCACCCACAUCAUGGUCAUCCGCCUUGACCUGCUCCACAUCAAAUCGCAUUUGCACUCACCCUCAUCUCAUCGCAUAGCUGCUCAAUCACUACUUGCUGCUGCACGCGUUGGCAAACUUGCCAAGAUCACAUACCUGCAACCUUGA